ACUAAUCAAAUACCCAUAUGCUAAACACAAGCUUGAUCAAACACCCCCCAUCUCAACCAACAACAAAACAAGUUCUUAUUCCACAAGCCCUUUCAUCACUACAAAGCCUACAAAACUCGAGUAUUAUCUUCAUCCAUCCCUAAUCCAACCAGGCACAGGCUCAGUUCUCCUGUUGGUAGCAGUUGCCUUCCCUGUUCCUAGCUUCACAUCGUCGUCGUCAAGCUGCAGGUUUCUGAACAAGAGAUCGUCACCCAUGCGGCCAUGGUGGGGCAACCUACUCUGAUCAGCUUGGCUCUGGUUCUAUUCUAGCCUAGAGCGCGUUGAUCAAUCGCCGAUGCUCUGGCGGCCGGAGUUCUUGCGCCAUGGCAACCGUUCUUGAGAUGCUCGUGCAGCUCGCCGUCGUUGUCACGGUGCUAUGCGCCGCCGUGCGAGCGUACACCCCGGCGGACAGCUACCUCUUCCUCUGCGGCACGUCCGGGAACGCCACCGUCGAUGGCCGGACGUUCGUCGGGGACGCUGGUCUGCCGGCCUCGGUGCUGAUGGCGCCCCAGAGCACCGAGGCCAACAUGCCGGCGAACCAGGUCACUGGCGCCGGCGACGACUCGCCGGCGCUGUACCAGUCAGCGCGCGUGUUCACGGCGCCGGCCAACUACGCGUUCUCCGCUAAGCCUGGCCGCCACUUCGUCCGCCUCCGCUUCUUCCCCUUCCGGUACCAGUCUUACGACCUCGCCGCGGACGCGGCGUUCAAUGUGUCCGUGCAGGGCGUGGUGUUCGUCGACGGGUACACGCCCAAGAACGGCACGGCCGUGGUCAGGGAGUUCUCCGUGAACAUCACCGGUAGGGCGCUGGUGAUCGCGUUCACGCCGACGGGCAAGAAGGUGGCGUUCGUCAACGCCAUCGAGGUGGUGUCCCAUCCCGACGAGCUCAUCGGCGACACCGCGCCGAUGGUGAAUCCGCGGAACCAGUCCCAGUACACCGGGUUGACGGCGAAGGCGCUGGAGACGGUGCACCGGAUCAACAUGGGAGAGCCCAAGGUCACGCCGAACAACGACACGCUGUGGAGGACAUGGCUGCCGGACUGGACCUUCCUGCACGAGAGCAGCUUCGCGGCGCACAAUCAAGUGUCUCCGGCGAUGAUCAAGUACCAAAGUGGCUACGCGACCUCGCUGACGGCGCCCUCCGCGGUGUACACCACCGUGACGGAGUUGAACACGACGGCGGCGAUGGUCGGCAACACGCAGGCGCAGCUCAACCUGACGUGGAAGUUCAACGCACCGGCCGUCUCGGACUACCUCCUCCGGCUCCACUUGUGCGACAUCGUCAGCAAGGCGACGCUCGGUGUGGUGUUCAAUGUCUACGUCGGCCAGUGGCGGGUUCUCCAAGACUACGAGUCUUCCGGCGACACGUUCAGCCUUCUUGCCACGCCGCUCUAUAAGGACUUCGUCCUUGCCGCCAGUGAUGCGGCGAAGGGUACAAUCACGGUGAGCAUCGGGUCAUCGACGGCAACCAACGCGUUGCCCGGCGGCUUCCUGAACGGCCUCGAGAUCAUGAGAAUUGUCGGGAGCACCGGCUCCAUCGACGGCGCCACGUCGCCGCGCGGCUCAAAGAUCAAGACCGGGAUCAUCGCCGGAUCGGCCGUGGGCGGGGCGGUGUUGGCGAUUGCUCUCGGGUGCGUCGCCGUCAGGAUGCUGCGGAGGAAGAAGAAGCCGGUGAAGCAGCCGUCGAACACCUGGGUGCCGUUCUCGGCGAGCGCGCUGGGCGCCCGCUCUCGCACCAGCUUCGGCAGGAGCAGCAUCGUCAACGUCGUCACGCUGGGGCAGAACGGCGCCGGCGCCGGCGCCGGGUACCGCUUCCCGUUCGCGGCGCUGCAGGAGGCGACGGGCGGGUUCGAGGAGGAGAUGGUGAUCGGCGUGGGCGGGUUCGGGAAGGUGUACAGGGGCACGCUCCGGGACGGCACGCAGGUGGCCGUGAAGCGCGGGAACCGGCUGUCGCAGCAGGGGCUCAACGAGUUCCGCACGGAGAUCGAGCUGCUGUCCCAGCUGCGCCACCGCCACCUCGUCUCGCUCAUCGGCUACUGCGACGAGCGCGGCGAGAUGAUCCUGGUGUACGAGUACAUGGCGAAGGGCACGCUCCGGAGCCACCUGUACGGCUCCGACCUGCCGCCGCUGCCGUGGAAGCAGAGGCUGGAGGCGUGCAUCGGGGCCGCGAGGGGGCUGCACUACCUGCACACCGGCUCGGCCAAGGCGAUCAUCCACCGGGACGUCAAGUCGGCCAACAUCCUCCUCGACGACGGCUUCAUGGCCAAGGUCGCCGACUUCGGGCUGUCCAAGACCGGGCCGGAGCUGGACAAGACGCACGUCAGCACCGCCGUCAAGGGCAGCUUCGGGUACCUCGACCCGGAGUACUUCCGGCGGCAGAUGCUGACGGAGAAGUCCGACGUCUACUCCUUCGGCGUCGUCCUGCUCGAGGUGCUCUGCGCCCGCGCCGUCAUCGACCCGACGCUGCCCCGGGAGAUGGUGAACCUGGCGGAGUGGGCGACGCGGCGGCUCAGGGACGGCGAGCUCGACCGGAUCGUGGACCAGAAAAUUGCCGGGACGAUACGGCCGGACUCGCUCAAGAAGUUCGCCGACACCGCCGAGAAGUGCCUCGCGGAGUACGGCGUGGAGCGGCCGAGCAUGGGGGACGUGCUCUGGUGCCUCGAGUACGCGCUGCAGCUGCAGGUGGCGUCGCCGGACAGCUCUGUCACGACGCUUCAGCGCAGCUCGUCGAUCUCAAGCGUCGUGACAGACGCCACCGUGAGUGCGAACCUGGGGGACCUCGACGGCAUGUCCAUGAAGAGAGUAUUCUCAAAGAUGCUCAAGAGCGAGGAAGAGGGCAGGUGAAGGAUUGAAGCAAGAAAUGUUCUAGUAUACUAGCAUCUGGAGAAAGAUGCACUAAACUGCAUUAUGGUACAGUGAUAGGAUACCACAGUUGGCAAUGUAGGAGUAUAUCACGCCAGUAAACACAAUGCAAAUGCAAAGCAACACACCAGUAAUAACGAGUAUAUAUUCUCACGAA